UUAUUUGUAUUCUUAUUGUAAUCCGUCUUAGAUUAUAACAUAAAUUAGGAUAUAAAAGAGGAUUCAAUUUCGAAAUAUAAAUAUUACUUUUGAAAUGGCUGCUCCUAAAUCUAACUUCUCGGAAGAUGAAUUCGGCAGGCGUUUGGAUCGAUGCCUAACGGACGUUGUUGUUAAAGGAUCAAGCGGUCUUGUUCUUGGAUUGACCUUAUCUGUUCUGAUGUUUAGAAGAAGAGCGUGGCCUUCAAUAAUGGGAGCUGGUUUUGGCAUUGGCGUAGCUUAUAAAUCAUGCGAGAAAGAUUUAAGCCUUUAGUUUAAUACAUAAAAAAAUCGCCUGAAAAUUAAUAAAACAUAAAUCUGAUUUUUUAUGUCGAAAAAUCGAGACAUUAAUGACAUUUAUUUGCAUAUUAGUAGGAUGGUUUUGAAAAAAGACCCAAAAACCGCUGAAUCAAUUUUGACGAAUAAUUUAACAUAGUUGAUUCCUGUAAAGAUUGGUGCCGAUCGAACUGCAAAUAAAAUAGUCGACACCUGCGAUUGAAUGAUAUAAAAAUUACGACAAAUUAUAUUCGAAAAAAAGAAAACAGUUGAUAGCUGUGACGCCAUCCGUACUUUACAUUUUUACUUUGUGGUCUUUUGAAGAUUGAAGAAAUAUUGGAAAAAAAAUUAAUUAACCUCUUUAAAUUGAUAACAUAUAUUCAAUAAAUGUAAUUCAGUGUUUUUUAAUUAAUUUA